CCGCCCUCGUGCAAUAGACGGGAGGUACAGUGGUGGUGAGACCGAGUGAGACAAUAAUUUAGCCCAGUAGUAGUUCAGAAUGAGUGACUGGAAGAGACGUACCGACACAUAUAGCCAGCCCAAAUUCGAUUAGAUACAUUUUCUCUGACCGGUCAUUGCGGUUUUGAAUAUCCCUCUUCAAUCAACUGCGAAGACUGGACCAGUUGACUUAUUUUUUCUCCUCUGUAAACUAAGAUUGGGCAUGACCAUGGGGGCCAGGCUGUGGGUGUAGCCACUGAGACAGCUGGGGGAGAGCGAGAGAGGAGGAAAGGCAAGCCAGCACCAGCCAAGCACCCUGCACUCCUCCUGGGAAAGAUGGGGGAGACAGAGGAGGAGAAGGACCAGGCAGGGAAGCUGUUUGAGAACUUCAUCCAGGCCUCCACCUGUAAGGGCACCCUACAGUCCUUCAACCUCCUGUGCAGGCUGCUGGAUCUAGACCCACAGGACCAUGAGACGUUCUACUGUAGUCUGAAGACCAGGCUCACAUCCUGGAGGGCCAAAGCCCUCUGGACCAAGCUGGACAAGAGAACCUGCCACAAGGAGUACAAGAAGGGCCAAGCCUGUGUGGGCACCAAGGUAAGCUAACAGCCACUCACCAUG